AGGACAUUCCUUGCCAAAGGUGACCAUGGGUUGGGCUGUGGUCUUCCUUGCACUUCUCACCUAUUGCACAGGCAUCAAUGCUCAGUCUGCUUGGACUCAGCCUCCCUCCAGCUCCGUGUCCCCAGGUGGAACCGUAACAAUCUCUUGCACAACCCAGAGUACUAACACCAUUGGCUGGAAUCAACAGAAAGCAGGAGAAGCCCCCCGUUUUGUCCACUGCAAAAGCUGCAACAGAGGAGAAGGGAUCCCAAAUCGGUUCACUGCCACCCAGUCUGGGACUACAGGAUCUUUGACCAUCACCAAUGCAGAGGCUGGAGAUGAGGCAGAUUAUUAUUGUGUUAGCUGGAAUGGUGCAGUCAAUGAGUUGCACGUUGAGAGGAGGAGAGGAGGCAAGGGGGAAAUCCAUUCGCUUGAGAGAAGAGAUUGGCCCAUUGAAUUGCCCACCAUGUCCCAGGCAUUUCUUGUCUCCAUCCUCCUCAUCUCCUUUGGCCCCAGCCUUCAACAACUGCGGAACCUGAAGGACCCAGAAUUUGUGACCCCUGGGGGCACAGUUACCAUAUCUUGUCGAUACGAUGGUGGGAAUCUUGGGGAUGGCAACUACCCUUGGUGGUCCCAGCAGUUCCCUGGGGAUAAACCUCGAGCUUUGAUCUAUACAACCAGUUCCAGACCAUCGGGGGUUCCAGCCCGUUUCUCCGGGUCCAGAUCAGGGAAUGUGAUGUCCUUGACUAUCACUGGGGCUCUGGUUGAAGACGAAGCCACUUACUAUUGUUGUGUCUGGACGGGUAGUCAGUCCCACAGUGAUUGA